CAAAGAUGGCUGACAAACUGCCACCCCUGCCGACCACUGCUGGCAUAUCCUGUCAAUCCUUCUAUGCUAGAAGAGCCCAACAGCAUUCCACUCAUCGAGGCCUUGAAAGACCAAGGGAUCUAUGGCACAGGUACAUGCAGAGCAAACAGGCUGAAGGGAGCAGAUCACAAACUCAAGAGUGAAAAACAACUAAAAGAACUGGGCAGAGGAGCUUGUUCUGUUGUCAGCAAUAAUGCAAACAUCACUGUCACACGUUGGCUCGACAGUUCUGUCAUCCACAUGGUCUCGUCCUGUGCUGGCCAAUCCCCUGAAGAUGUUGCCAACAGAUGGGUCAAGAAGGAAAAAAGGAUGAUGAUGGUCCAAAAGCCCUUCUCUGUGGCCCUUUACAAUCAACACAUGGGUGGGGUUGAUCUUGUUGACCAAUGUCUGGCAAUGUACCCCCACAGACGUCGAAACAAGAGGUGGUACAUCCGAGUGUUUUUUCAUUUUUUGGAUGUGACCAUUGUAAAUGCCUGGCGCCUCUACCAGAUGUUUGGUUUGGAAAAGAUGAGACUCCUCCUCUUCAAAGCAUCUGUGGCUCGUGCACUGAUAAAUAGUGGCACCCUCCAGCAAUGCAAAAGAGGAAGACCCAGUGGGACCCCACAACCCAUGAAGCGGAGAGCAGUCAGCAAAGUAGCCCGUGAGGUCAGGUUUGCCACAGAAUAUCACUGGCCCCAACUGAUCGAGGUGAAAAAUGCAAACAGAUGCCAUGAUGUUGCGUGCACACGGAAGACCAAAUACAUCUGUAUGCAAUGCUGUGUGCCAUUGUGCCCUGGAUGCUUUACAAACUUUCACACAGCCUAGGUGUGAUGAACAUCAGAGAUGCAGAGACUAAGAUGUCAGUUUGUGUUUUCUUCCAGCAUGCGAAUAAGCGCUUGGUAAUACUGUCCUGCAUCAUUGUAGAAUUGUGUAGACUCAAAAAUGUUUCUCUUGUUGGAGAUAGUUUGCCAUAUUCAGGUGUAGGAUUCACGGCUGGAACUGUUGAUUGGUUUUGUUAUUUACGCCUAAACAUUGGGUCUAUAUGAGUUGAAAGUUCCAAAAAAUUGCUGAGAUGUUUUUCAAAGCAUACAAGCAAACAAGUGCUUGUAUAUUUACAAUAGAACACAAGAUAAUUCAUUUUUACAAUAAGUUCACAGUAUUUCAUGCUAAGUGCUUGGGCGCAUGUAGUCCACUGGAGUGGACAAGUCUAUAACUUUAUAA